GCCAAAUAUACUUCUGUGAAGUUAAUAAAAAUAUAGUAUUUUAAAAGUCCACUUAUAUCAUGCUGCCUCCAAUUUGGUGUCAAAUUUUACUAACAGUAUACCGGUACUUGAAGAAACUACUUUUUGCCCAGGUUAAUUAUAGCACCUGUGACUAUAUGACACACGGCUAUAUUUUACGAUGCUGGAACAAAUAAAGCAGGCACUACGGCUCUUUCUACUUUCGGGAAAGGACGGUCACUGUCAAGGGGGACUUUUAGUCCUUCUCUGGGCUGAACCAGGAGCCGCAAACUGCGCUGUUGCAGCUGCGGGUUCUAAAUGGGGAAGACUCCAACCGGAAACGCUCAAAAAUGUCCUCGUAGAUUUGAAGUUUUCCUGCGCAGGACCAAUUCCUGAGCCUGACCCACAGGAUCUGUGCGCUUUCAUUGAUAUGCACGGCUCUCUGAAAUUAUUUCUUCUUUUUCAGGUAAAAGAUUUAAGAUGCUUCAGUCCAGAGUGGUCUGCUGGUAUCAAAGAUUUCCUUCGUGUAUUUAGUCUGGCCAAUGCAGGGAUCAGCGUGCACCUGCAAAUAAAAUUCCCCCAGCAGACUAUUCAGCAAGAAUUUAGAGCGAGCUUCACCAGGAGAAUUACCCUGCCAAUGAAACCAGCACGAAUGUUAGAUGUCACCUGUAGUUCCUUCACCAACAAACUGGUGACAAAAGGAAGCUGGUGUCCCGGAGGCCACCCGGUCCUGGGCAGCAAUUUGCCUCUAAGCAUCCCACCUGAGACCAUGGACAGUGGCCUGUACGGCGAACUCAGUUUGCAGCUUGUGACCCUACUUUCACCUUGUGUGCUGCAGUACCCCAAUCUGGAAACCCUUCUUACGCACAUGGAAGUGCAGGCUUACACCCCUUCUAAUGUUCCCAUUACAUUCCCCCUUGCCUUCUUCCAAAACAUCCCAGCUCAUCUGGACUGCCAGGAAUUGGGGCAACGAAUCCUUCACUGCCCCUCCUACACAGGGCUUUCAUGUGAAGGCAGCAUUGUGUACGUGUUGGAGCAUGAAACCUGUCAGGAGCCUGAGAAAAGGUUCCAUUUGCACCCUGUAAAACAGAAACUCUUGAUCUUCCUCUUUCUGCAGCACACUGACCCGUUUGCUUCACAGCUCUCGGACUUCAUGGUCACUGAUGCCCUUAUUGAGCGCCAUCUGGAGGACAUUCUGAUCAACAACAGGCGGGCAGUCACAGGAGUGCUGCAGACGGAGUUAAGUAACACACUGAAGGCUCAAGAUCGCAGAAAAAGGGACCAAAAGAAACUCCUUUCGGCUGCUGAGGUCAUUCUCAGCGCAUCCAUCAGUAUUGUGAGCUGCAGCACCAACCUCAACUUCAGAAAAGCCUGCCUGAGUCACAUGCAGGUGAGUGAUACUCAUGAGCUGGUGGCCUCUCUGCGUGACUCCUUGCUGAGGGUGAUAUCAUGGAGAUCUGUCCCCAGGAAAGGGUGCUUCUCUGCUCAGGUAGAAAAGGGUCUAGAAAGUGCCGAUGAUACUAGAACAGAAAUCUGAUGCCCGGCUGUGUGUUUAAACAAAGUUUGCUCCUGGUUGAAAUGUAUUUGAACUAAAUCUGUUCACCUUUAGUUCAUAGCUUGAGAUGAAACUGAAAAGCUGUGUUUCUUUUCAACAACUACAAGUAAAACCAAAUGUGUACAUAACUGAUUUGGUUGGUUUAUUUCCGAACAGCAUGCUGUAAUAUACAGUACAUGUGCGAAAUGUGUCAUGAAGAUCAAUAAGCUUGAUGUGGGAAAUUAACCCAUUUUGCUGACCUAACCCAUUUUGCUGACCGUUUGUCUCAAAAUUAUGAUGUAUUAAUUGAAAAUAUAUUUUUGUUCAUCUAUCUUUGUGAGUGACGUAUCGUGAUGGGCAGAACAAUGAAAUGCCCUUUCAUUAGAUGGCAAAAGGUACAAGAAACCUGAGUUUCCCUAUCCACUUGUUACCAGAAGUUAUGGCUUACAGCCACGUCUAUCGACUUUAUGUUUAAUUAACUCACAUGGAGUAAAUUGAGAUGAAAUUGUCAUUAUUUAACUUUUCAUACUCUUUGUCAAAUUUGUGUUUGGUGGUGUUCCGUGAUGUUUUUCUCAUGUAAAAUGGGUGUUUUGGGUCACUAAAUAAAUACUGGUCUAAUA